CUCUCUCUCUCUCGAAACUUUACUCUUCUACUUCUUCUUCUUCUUCAUUUCUCUGAAUCCACCGCAUUGUACGCUCGCCAUGGAUUUCCGCAUCCCUGGCGCGUCGCCGCCUCUCGCCUUUUUCCUCCUCCUCUUCUCAACCUGCUUCGCAUUGCCGGAAUAUUCCCAGAAACCCUCCUCCUCCUCCUCCUCCUCCUCCUCCUCAGCUCAGAUCAACUCCAACUCCGUCCUGGUGGCCCUUCUCGACUCGCAUUACUCCGAGCUUGCCGAGCUCGUCGAGAAGGCCCUGCUCCUCCAGACUCUCGAAGACGCCGUCGGCCGACACAACAUCACCAUCUUCGCUCCUCGAAACGACGCCGUCGACCGCGACCUCGACCCCGACUUCAAGCGCUACUUGCUCGAACCGGGCAACCUCAAAUCCCUCCAGAAGCUUCUCCUCUUCCACGUCAUCCCCACCCGGGUCGGAUCCGACCAAUGGCCCACCCACUCCUCCUCCUCCCGUCACCAGACGCUCUCCCAGGACCACCUCCAUCUCUCCAGGCUCGACUCCGGUGAGAAGGCCGUAGAUCUCGCCCGGGUCAUUCAUCCCGAUUCCGUGACCCGACCCGACGGCGUCAUCCACGCCAUCGAGAGGCUUCUCAUCCCCCGCUCCGUCGAAGACGACUUCAACCGCCGCCGCAGCCUCCGCUCCAUUUCCGCCGUCAAACCCGAGGGAGCUCCCGAAGUCGACCCGAGAACCAACCGGUUGAAAAAACCCGCUCCGCCGACCAAGCCCGGAUCCUCGCCCGUUCUUCCCAUCUACGACGCCUUGGCUCCCGGACCUUCACUCGCCCCGGCUCCCGCUCCCGGACCCGGUGGGCCCCACCACCACUUCAACGGCCACGCGCAGGUCAAGGACUUCAUCCACACGCUCCUGCACUACGGCGGUUACAACGAGAUGGCGGACAUUUUGGUGAAUUUGACUUCCUUGGCGACAGAGAUGGGUCGGCUAGUGUCAGAGGGUUAUGUGCUCACUGUUUUAGCUCCCAACGACGAGGCAAUGGCGAAGCUGACGACGGACCAGCUCAGCGAGCCGGGUGCGCCGGAGCAGAUUAUGUACUACCAUUUGAUUCCCGAGUAUCAGACUGAGGAGAGUAUGUACAAUGCUGUUAGGAGGUUUGGGAAGGUGAGCUAUGAGACACUGCGGUUGCCCCACAAGGUUGUGGCUCAAGAGGCUGACGGGUCGGUUAAGUUCGGGCAGGGGGAGGGCUCCGCGUACUUGUUCGACCCGGAUAUUUAUACGGAUGGUCGGAUCUCGGUGCAAGGGAUUGAUGGGGUGUUGUUCCCGGCCGAGGAGGUGGAGUCCAAAUCCGAAACCAAAGCGGUUCAACCCGCUAAGAUCGUCGCCAGGCCCAGGAGAGCAGGAAAAUUGAUGGAAGUAACAUGUCGGAUGCUAAGUGCUGUUGGACAGAAUUCUCGGUUCACAACUUGCCAAUGAAGUAUGCUGCGACUGUAUUUUCUAGAUGGGCAUGACCAGGAAAACUGGCCAAGACAGGGAGUCCUUGAGAUUGAUCAAUGGAUGUAAAAAGUCAUGGAAAAAAGGGCAGCUUACAAGAAUAUCAGAGUUUGGUGGUGAACUUGGUUUUUUUUUUCUUAAAUGGGUUUUUCUUUUACCGUAGUAUGUCUCUUUCAAUUUCUCUUUUUCUUUCUCUCUUUUGCCCUUUUUGCGGUUCUGGGUCUCUGGUAGAGAAGAAAGAAGAUAAGCUAGAGUUAAAAUACACAAUUAAGUACAUAAAUGUAUUUUACAUUACAAUCACCAUUAUUUUUUUUUUCAAUUUUUUUAGGUGGUUUGUUAGUAGUGGCACUUAGGCCGUGUGUAAUCAUCAGGAUGGAUGGGGCAGUAGUGGCUUUCUCUGCCCACUGAAUAAAAGUCUAAAUGGAAUGAAAUAAAAUCAUUCUUUUCUGUAA